AUGGGUCUAAGACUUCACAGCAGUAGCAGCGAUGCCCUAGAUCUAGAUCUCAGUCAGCGGUACCUGCCCCCCGGCCCCUCGCAGGUCAGCAGGCCGCGCCCCCGCGCCCACUACAACGGCGCCUACUUCCACCCCGACGGCUCCAUCGCCUUGCACCGAGAGCUCGCCGAUCAGAAGCUUCCUCUCCUCGACCUCGUCCUGACCGCAAACCACCAGAAACGGGCCCGUCAGCACCGACAGACACGUCGGGGCCAGACUCACCGCUCUACACGGCAAUGGCGCACUGACGAGGCGGCCGAGGGCCGCAACCUGGCCUCUAGUGGCCACAAACUCCCGGGCGAGCACCGUCGGACGCCGUCCCUGGAGAGACAAGAUGCCUUCCGGGAUCCUCGCACAACGAAAGCCCGGCUCUACCCGGAAGACGCCCCCGACAUCGAAGAGCUGUAUCGGCUGGGUCUUCUCUACGACGAUGAGCAUAUCCGUGGUCCUGCUUUCGGUCUCGAUAUCAUUAAUCACCAUUCAGAGCCUAAGUACACCAUGCGCCCUGCCAAGCGGGCGCGCAAGUCCAAACCCCAGCAGAUCUCAUACGACGAUGAUGUGCAGCUCGCCCUCGACCUAUCUCUAGCCGAACUCGGCCGAGAUGAGUCUUUCGCGCAAUUUCUUUGCUCCCCAGAACUAGACGAGCUCCCUUCGGGCGUUGAGUCCGACAGCAGCAGCACGUAUAGCGCACGACUCGCGCCCCUGCAGUUCGUUUCCGAGCUCUUGGGGUCGCCAGAUUAUUUUAGCGAUAACACGCCUGAGCUGACAACUGAUUUCGCCUCUGAUUCUUCUAUUUCUUUCAAUUAUUCUUCUGAUGAGGAGCCAACCUCCGCGGAAACCCGUGGAACUUUGACGACAGGGACCAAAUAUGAUAGAAUUACUGCCCAGAAGCUUGAUAGUCCCUGGACGAUGUCGGGUGACGGCUCGUAG